GUGUCAAAGAUUCCAGCUGUCCGCCACAUCGCGCCCGUUGUUCCCUUCGCCAAACGGUUCCCCCGUGCUGUUCGUGUGGGAAGCAACGUUUUUCUCUCUGCAAGUGUGAACGCAGCUUUCGGCAAGGAGUCCCCGCCAUGCUGCCCACCACCAACAACCGCGGCUGCUGCGUCCGCAGUCGCUUUCUCCCCAAGGCCGCCCGCCCCCCGACGGACGCCGCCGCCUUUGCGGCGGGCCCUCCGCAGCUGGCGCAGCGCGGUGUGGAAGUGCUGCGGGCGUCGAUGUGCCUGACGUUAGACGAACUCUACUCGGAGAUGGAGUUCGCGCUGCAGGAGGACGGAGGGCGGUGCCCGUGGCCGCUGAUCCGCCUGCUGGCUGCCAACGCGCCCUUCCUGGCGGUGUCGCAGCGUGGCUGCCCCGUAUUCAUACGCGUUUACAAACGCGUAGAUGCGGAGCGGAAGGAAGUGCUGGUGAGCCACCUGCUGCCCCAGUUCGCCGCCCUCGCAAAAGACAGCUAUGCAAACUACAUGGUGCAGUGCGCCAUCGAGCACACGGACCGCACCACCGCCGCUCAGUACGUUGUGCAGUUCUUCGCAGGGCACCUCCUGCAAAUGAGCUGUGAUAGAUUCGCAAGCAACGUGGUGGAGAAGGUGGUGCGCGUCUGCGGCGGUGUGCCGGCGGUGCGGCGCCUGGUCCUGGACGAGCUGGUGUACAACCCAGCUGCGUUGAAGGAGUUGGUGUCGGACGGCUACGGCAACUUCGUCGUGCAGUCCGUCGUGUCCACGGUGGCCGGCCUCUCGGAGCUGGGCAUCGUGGCGCGGGUCUUCGAGUUGCCCGGGGUAGACUUGUCUUUCGCCACCAACAUCUUGGCGAAGGUGAACAUGCGCCGGCGAGACGUGACGGCGUCGCUGAUGCCCGCACGUCGACCAUCAUUGCGGCAGCCACCGCACCAGCCGCAGCCCGUCGCCUCCUCUCUGGCGGCCCGCACAGCCGCUCAUCGGGACGCAGCGAGCCCAUCUACCUCUGCAGCGAUGUCGCAGCACGACGCGCCCGUCGUGUUUGUGGGGGUGCGACCCCUCGGUCGUGGUCGAUAUCGGUUCGACCCGUACCGCGUGGCGCUCUCGGAGGUGGAUGUGGAGGACACCGCUCUGCUGUUCCGCCCGCAGCAGCUUUCCUCGGGGUCAAAGCAUUCCGAUUCUGAUGGGCAGCGGUCGUUAGGGCAAUGGGGCUAG